AUGAGCCAAAUAGAUUUAGAAUAAAACGAAGGUUAACAAAUACAACUUCAGUAUUAAAGAUCAAAGGAUGAGAGUUAUGAGGAUAUCAGUAAAAUAAAAAUGAACUUUCUUUAGUAGCAGUCACAAGAUUAGAAUAGAUCAGGUGAUGAAAAAAUUUAAGGGAAUGCGAAAAUACAAUCAUAAAAAGCACCAGAUAAAAGAUUGAAAUAGACUAUUUUUAUUGAGGAUGAUGAAACAAAUAAAGAAUAGGAUAAUUAGGAGUCUAAAAUUACUGAAUGGCCUAAAUGUGAAAUAUGUGAUUUCAAAUUAUUUUCAGGAAUCUGCAUUGAUGCAAAUUGCCCCAAAUAAGAUCAAAUGCUUCUUGUAUGUUUACAGUGCCACAACAAAGAAUAAUUAAGAUGCGUCACCCUUUUAGAUUAUUCAGAAAAGAUACUUUUUUCUGAAGAAAUAAAAGAGCUAUUAAGAUACAAAAAGUCUCGCCAUUUGAAUAUGCUUGAAUCUAGCUAAGAAUUGAUACAUGGAAAUGCCAAUUUAAUGUGUAACAAACUAAUUGAUACUUUAAAAUAUUAUAGGAAAUCAAUGGAGCGUCUUUAUGAUUUAGAUAAAAAUUAUUAAAAAACUAAUAUAUGGAGAAAGGAAUAAGUCAGAUAAGUUUGUCUUAAUUUAGAAAAAGUGAAAGGUUCAUAUAAGCCUUAGCAAAUACAGUUUUUAGAGUUUAUACUUGGAUUUCACAAGCUAAUUAUUCGAAAUUUUGUAGUAAAAAACAUGCGCUCCUAAUAGGCUUAUGAUAACGAUACUAUAUACUUAGAUAAAACUGCUAAAAAUGUUAAGCCUCCUGUAGGCUAAUAAGGAACAUCUGCCGUGAUAAACCUCACUUCACCGAAUUAAUCAAAACAAAAUAAAAGUGAUAAUAACAAAGGUUUACUAAUUUAAGGAGAAUAUGUAAUAAUAAGUGAGAAUGAAGAUGUAAGCGUAGAUAGUAAGUCUAAAAAAGGAAACAAGCUUUAAAUAAUUGACAUUAAUGAAUCUUAAAAUUAGUUAAAAGAGUUGCUUAAUCCUAGCGAAGACAAGCUUAAAGAAUUAUAAGAAAAAGAAAGAUAGAAAAGAGAGAAAAAUGCCAAGAAAAUAAAAAAAGAUUUAUUUUUAGAAAAGAGUUCUUAUUAUUAAUAACAAUUGGUUCUCAAAAAAGAAAAAUCUAUGGACAUAGAGGAAUUCUUCAAGCAAAAAGAAAAAAAAUAAAUUAUAUCUGAAGAAAAAACAACUCGCUCCAGAUUAAAAGCAGCAAGAAACACUGAUUAAGUUGGAGGUUAAAUAAACAAAUAGGAAUUUAUUUAAAAUGAAAAGAAUUCAGACCAGUUAAUGUAGGUAGAAUAAUAAAAGCCUAAAAGAGGCAGAAAAAAAAAAUAAUAAGAAGAAGUAAUCACAACAUCAUAGUUGUAAGGACAAGGUUUAACUUAUAAUUCAGAUUUGAAAUAAUUCAACUAAAAGAAUAAUAACAACAACAAUAAAACUAUUAAUGAUUACUUUCAAACUAUUUCUACUACUCAUUCUAAAAUUAAUGUUAAGUAAGAAGAAUAAGAAACUAAAAAAGAUGAUAUUAACUCAGAGUCAUAUAAUAAUUAAAACCCUGAUAUGGAUAUUGAAUACUCCAAAUACCAAAUAUAAAAGAAGUAUCAAUAAGUCUAAUAAAAAAGAGAUUCGAAUCAAGACACUCAAAAAAGUCCAACUAAUUCUAGCUUUUCUAAAGAAUUUGUUACAAAAAUAGAAUAUGACAGAGUACCUUUUUUCAGAAAAAGUGAUAAUAGCGAUUAAGAAGAGGAAAUUGAUAUUAUUUUAGAUGAUGAAGACGAAGAAGAAGAAGAGGGAUAAGCUAGUGGACAGGAGUUUAAAAAAUAAGAAAUCUUAAAUUAAUUGAAAAUCGGUGAAUAGUCAAUAAUUCAAUUAAAUGACUAAAAGAAAUAAGAAGCUGAUAAGAGUAGUAAAUGUUCAAAUUAGAUCUAAGAAAAGGAAAAUUCUAAACUAAUUAUUGAAGAAAAUUUAAAUUAAAAUGAAAUAUAAAAUACAAAUUCUUAAAAUUGUGCUCAAAAUCUGGAAGCUUCUAAUUUAGAAAAGGCUACAAACAAUCUAGAAAUAGAAGAAAAGUAAAAUAAAUUUUAAAAAAAUCUGAGCAACAAAGAUAGCUAAUUUGCAGAUGAUUUGGAAGAUGAUUACUAUGAUGACUAGUACUAUAAUGAGUUUAAAAAGUCACCAUCAAUCUCUAAUAUGUAUGCAGAAGAUUCUCUUCUCAGUAAUCACAAAAUAUAACUGAACACAAGAAUAAAAAGAGUCUUUUAUGAAGAUUAUUAUUUGGGCUAAUCUAGUGAUACAGAACAAGAAGAAAACAAGUCAAAUAAUUUAGAUUCUUAAAAUAAAGAAGAAAUUCAAUAAGUUUAAAUGAAGAAAAGUCAGGGUAAAUACUAAUACUAGCAUUUUGAGUAUUUGAAUUAAUACUUAGAUGAUGAAGAGUUAACAGAUAGAAUAAUUAAAACGCCAAUAAAAUCUGACGCAGUGAGGCUCUAUUUCAACUUUGAAGGAAAUUAUACGAGCAUUCAAUCAGUAAAAGCUUUGGAAGAAAUUCUUCCUAAAUACGAAUAGCUGAAUGAACUUUGCAUUAAUUUGAGAAAUUGCUUCAUAUGGAUGGAGAUAGAAAUUUUGGGAAGAAAUUUAAGACUGCUAAAGAAACUGAGCAAACUUUCUCUAAACCUCAGUAAAACAUAAAUAGAAAUAUAACAUUUGUUUGGAUUAGUAAAACACCUUAACAGAAUAAGCAGCCUUUAAAGUUUAAACAUCGAUUUAAGUGAAAAUGUGUUCAAGGGUAUUGAUAACCACUCGCUCUCAGUUAUUGGUAUAGAAGAUUUGCAAAUUCCUGAAAUCUCUCUUCAUCUAGAUGAUUUUGAUUUAGAGCAAGAUUCUACACAGAUCAUUCUAAAUGUCUUCUGCAGAAAAAACAAAAGAUUAAACAAAUUAUAUUUGGUUAACUAUGGAGAUAUGAAUAAAAUUCAUUUGGUAAACUUUAUAUGCUUUUUGGUUAAGAGACAAAGGAUAAGCGAAGUUGUGUUGAGGAUAGAUAUUACUGAGUUGAAAAAGAAAAGAUUGGCUGAAAUAAUCAGUGCUUGCUAAUCUUCUCAAUCAUUAGUUAAAUUAGGUUUUGAACUCACAGGUAAAAUUUCGCCAAGUGUGAUGGAAGAAUUCAGUCUAAUUGGAGAAAAUUGUAAGUCUUUAAUCUAGUUUUAUAUGGAUAUUUCAGACUUAGAAAAUGAUGAUUAAUAAAUAUUAUCAUUUAUUAGAAGUUCUGUAAAUAACAGUAAAAAUCAUAAUAAACACCAUGUAGUCAACUUGAAGUAAGAUUUAAUUUAUGAGCCAUACUUUUUAAAAAUUUUAAAUGCAUUCAAUAUUAUUUAGAGGGAGAAGUCUAGACAAAGACAUUAAAGAAGCUAUUUCUAAAACACAAACAAAAAAUUUUAGAAUUAUAUUUUGAAUUAAAGAGUAAAAAUUAAAUACACUUGA